AUGAAAUCCAAGGUAUUAAGAGUCCCAGUGCACAGCCCAAGAUGCUUCCUCUCCAGAAUGGGUCUCUUCUUUAAACUGGGGCUGUUCCCCUGGUAUGCCAGAAAACCUCCAGGUUGGUCACAGCUCUUUCUGGGCUCAGCAUGUAAGGAAAACUUCACCCAGGUGAUAGCCAAGAAGCGUCAAAGAGGACAGGAAAGUCAGAAGAAACCAAGAUAUCUUGGACCACUAGAUGAUUCCUGGCAGGAAAGGCUGGCUGAUGUUGUGAUGCCACUCUGGAGGCUGAGCUAUGAAGAGCAGCUCAAGGUGAAAUUUGAAGCUCACAAGAAAAUUUUACAGAGACUAGAAUUUUACCUCCAAGGGCUAAACGGCGUCAAUAUGACAACAACUGGACCCAGAUCCCAGGGGCUCGGUUGUUUUCUCCAGCCUAUUAUACCUUCUCCUGUCAUUGAUGGCUACUGAAAUAAGUCCACCUUCUUUGUGAACUGAGGUCCAGGUGGCAAUCCAAAGACUGUGGGGCACUACCUGGGAACUUGGAGAGACAGGGACAUAGUCUGUGUACGGUCUAACCGUCUGAAAAACAUCCCCGAGAAACACAGUCAAGUGGCACAGUACUAUGAAGUAUUCCUUUAACAGUCCCCAUUGGGGCCCUGCCUUCUGUUUCAUGAAGGUGGGUACUGGCGUGAGCUCACAGUCUGCACCAAUAGCCAAGGGCACACAAUGGCCAUCAUCAUUUUUCAUGAGGAGCUCUCUGUUCAGGAGGAGCUCUCUGUUCAGAAGGAAGCUGUAAAGGAGUUUUUCACCAAAGGGGCAGGGGCAGUCUGUGACUUAACAUCACUUUACUUCCAGGAAAGCACAACGACCCAUUGCAGCCAUCAGCAGUCUCCCUACUAGUUCCUCUUUGGGGAUCCCCACAUCUUUGAAGAUCUCCUAGGCUUGAAGAUCCGCAUGUCUCUGGAUGCCUUUUUCCAGGUCAACACUGCUGGUGCAGAGAUGCUGUAUCGGACUGUGGGCGAGCUGAGGGGAGUGAACUCUAACACCAUCCUCCUCGACGUCUGCUGUGGAACUGGUGUGAUCGGCUCUCUAGCCCAGUAUGCCUCCUAGGUCCUUGGGAUUGAGUUGGUGGAGCAGGCAGCAGAGGAUGCCAGGUGGACAGCAGCUUUUGCAGACAUCACCAACUGUGAAUUCCACCCUGGUCAAGCAGAGACGAUUUUGCCACAGCUACUAAAGUCAAAGGAAGAUGGGCAGUUGAUUGUUGCUGUGGUGAACCCAGCCUGGGCGGGACUGUACUACCAGGUAGUUCAAGCCAAUUGCAACUGUGGGGCCAUCCACACUCUAGUUUUUGCUUCCUGCAAGCCCCAUGGUGAAAUCACAAGGAACAUCAUUGAGUUGUGCUGUCCCCCAAACUCCACUAAGAAGUUCCUCGGCAAGCCUUUCAUCCCGAGACAAGCUGUGCCCAUGGAUCUGUUCUCCCGCAGCCCUCACUGCGAACUGGUGCUUCUAUUCACUCGAUAAGCAGCCUCUUACAAGCCUGUCGGCUCUUUGUUAAGGCUGAAGUGUCAGUAACUUCCAGGUUUGGCAUAUUGUGACACCACAGACCCUGAAAA